CUCAUCUCAACCACAAGUACGAAAUGUAUAUUUCUCUAAGAGGCAUUUUAACAAACACGUUGCGUCCAUACUCGGUAUCCAAUGCGCAGAUUCUUUGUGGACGACGUGCCGAUCCGACGAUACGCGGAGUGGAGCGCGUGGACGUUCCCGCGGAGGCCAAUGUGGGUGUACGGUUCGAUCUGGGACGCUUCUUCAUGGGCAACGGACGACGGCAAGUACAGGGCCGACUACCGCUUCCAGCCCUUUGUUGCCCGCUUCACCCACUUCAUCGCUCGCGGCUGCACCGCCGCCUCGCCACCGUCUUGCCGGCCGCCGCCCUCUUCUCCGGCGGGAUUCGGGCUCAGCCGGCUUCAGCGCGCGGCCAUGGAGUGGGCUCAGCGCCGCUCACUUGUCUAUGACUAUUGCCGUGACCCCAAGCGUGAUCAUUCUCUCACGCCGGAAUGCCGUCGCUUUUGAUGAUGAAGAUAAUGAUUGAUAUAUUUGAUAUUGGUAAAAAUGCGAGAUUGGAGAUAGCUAUCUUCUCUCUCUUUCUCUCUCUCUCUCUCUAUUUUA